UAUUGUUGUUGUUUAUUGUGCAAACAUAUCGUUUAUUUAACCAUUCAAAUUGUUUAUUUGUCAAAUAGAAUACAAUAUAUUGAGCCCGGCUAAAUAUUUGUCUAAAAAUUAAGCCAUUUGAUGUGAGAGAGUAAGAACUAUACAGUUCGAGACCGAGACGCACAAUUCGAAUAUAAAUAUAGAGAGAAAGUGAGGCUGAGACACACCGCGGAAAAGAUACAAAAAUGAGAUUGACGUGGCAAAGAAGAGAUGAUGGAUUAAGCAUUUAUCUAUUGUUGACAAUUUGUUUCAUAUUAUGCGGAUAUUUAAUCGAUACGAGUUGCGGCCAAGAGGCCCAACAACCAUGGUAUGAGAAUUUACCAGCCGUGGCCAUGGACUACAAGGUCCACAUCGAUGCUGGCAAGGAAGACUGCUAUCAUCAGUAUGUCCAAGCGGGUGCAACAUUCUAUGUGUCAUUCAGUGUUGUUCGUGGUGGCGAUGGCAUGGCUGGCUUUGCUGUGCGUAAUCCAGCUGGCGAAAUCGUCAAGCCAUAUCAAUGGCAGGCUACAGCCGAUUAUACAGAUCAAGUGUCACCGGGUGGCUAUUAUUCCGUUUGCAUUGACAAUCAAUUUUCGCGAUUUGCCGGCAAAUUGGUUAAUAUCUAUAUAACCGUUGUCAAAUAUGAUGCAUGGGAUAAAUAUGCCAAGGAAAUUGAGCAACUUCAACUGAAUAUGCAAAACUUUACGGCCACCAUUGGCACUGUAGAGCGUAAUAUAAAUGAUAUGUUGGGCUAUCAGGCUCAUAGUAGACAUCGGGAAGCCAGAGAUUAUGCCUUACUAUUGGAUAAUAAUUCCUAUAUACAAACAUUCUCGGUUAGCCAAAUUGUUGUCAUAUUAAUCACUUGCUCUAUACAGGUGUUCUUUGUGCGCAAAUUAUUUGAUGUCAAAUCGAAUUCCAAGAGUCGCAUUUAAAUUGAUUUCUAUGGAUUUUUUUUUACCUACCCCACAACUACUUUUACUUUCCACUCCACCCGAUUCCAAGACAUUUCAUGAAUUAUUUUUUAUUACAUUUUUUUUUAUACUAACCUGCUCAAGGUUUUAUGUAGAUUUGGCAAACAGAACAAGUGCAACAAACUAACUAGACUUUUUCAUUCAAACGUAAUGUGAUAAGUGUACAUUUGUCUGUGUGAAGUUUUUUUUCUAUUAAACUGAACAAUUGAUGUUAAUUAAAA